GUGUGUAUGUAUGUGUGUGAGUGUGUGUUAGGGAGCAUGCAGCAGUAAGAAAACAGUGUAGUGUGUGUGUAAGUGUGUGUGUGUGUGUGUGAGAGAGUGUGUGUGAGAGAGGAUACUUUUCCCCUUUCACCAGGUUGACUUUGGAUGUUGUUCCAUCUUCAGAUCCGAUUAGAAACAUGUUCACUUUUGGGUCAAGAGGGCUCCUCUCGAAGAACAUUCCAGAAGUAACAGGGGGCCAGAUGGAAGCUUAAGCAAAUCAUCUACUGCCGUGUCGAGAUGGACGCUCGUAGAUUUUCCAGUCGUUGAAAUGGGCUUUUGCAAAGAUGUGUGUGGCCAUGGUGAUCAUUCACACUAAAACGCUGGAAAAGAAGGGUGUCGAUGAUGUAACCAACAAGGAAUCGACCUUGGACUUGCGUGAGCCGUCGACCAUGAGCCAGGGAACCGCCCUCUUCUCCUGUGGAAUCAUGGACUUCGUCAGCGUUGGCCAACGUCCUGUGGGAUCGAGUCUGGAGAGUUUGUUGGACUCUGGUGCGAGCAGCACCGGCUCCAUCAGUGGCCUUCUCCGGGACCUGAGCUUGAGCGAAGCGCCUUCUCCCAGCAAGCGCCAGUGCCGCUCUCGGUCCUGCUCGGACGAGCUGAACUGGCGUUCUCCGUGGCGUCCACAGGCCUCGCGCCUUUGGACAGCCGUCGAAAAACGACGCUGUCACAGCGGGGGUGCCAUUCAGCCCUCGUCUUCAUGUUCGUCCUCUUCCAUCUUCUCCAGCAUGCAGAGAAGCUCCAGUUUCAGCUUCCCCACACGUUGCAACCUUCCAGAGACGUCAUUUCCUCAAUCCUUUACAGCCACUCGCGACCAACUCUGCUAUUCUCACGAGAGGAUUUGCCUGGCUGAGAUUGACGCCCUCCCUGAGGCCGGUUCUCCAGACUCCGUGUCCGAUGCGGGAGGACUUGCACGGAGCCAGUCACAGCCUUGCGUACUAAACGACCAGAAAGUCGGGAUGAAGCGUCGCCGACCUGAUGAACCCCACAAACAGAGGCCUUCGCUCGAUUUGGCUAAGAUGACUCAGAAACAGAAUUUCCAGAGCCUCAGUUGCCUCCGAUUUAACAGCGAGGAUUGCCGUCAAUCAAACCAGACCCCGCCGUCUUUCUGCAGCCCCGCCCACCAGAGCGAGACGGCGUAUCCUCUCAGCCCUAAAGACGACAACUCGUCAGUCAUCGAUGAAACCAACGGUGACUGGACCGGUGGGAAGGAGCGAGAGCCUCCAUGGGCGGAGCUAUGCGGGUUGAGGAGGGACGUGUUGGGUGGAGAACUCGACAUCGAGCAAAUCGAGAGAAAUUGAGACUUUUCUUGUUCAUUUUGGAGGACGUCAUUAUGUCCCCACCCUCCGUUCUGGCGUCCCUCCGCUUCCUGUAGCGACGGUGCUUUGUGGAGCAGGAGGGAGCUGAAGCGAGGGAUAAAAUAGGACUCAGGACAAACGGACGCUCACAAACGCCACUGUGGGACAUUAGGAUGACUCAGGUUGAAUCUUGGAAAAGAAAAAAAAAAACAGUGGAUUCUGGGAUAUUGGGGUUCUGCUCACACUCUGUUGCAGAUAUUGUAGCUAUUUUCUUUUUCUUCUUCUUUUUUUUUAAAGGAAGGAUGUAACGACGACGUGCGUUCUGAGUCCAACCUGCCUGUCUGUGCUGAAUGAGGAGUGAACGGGGUGAAAAUAUAUAACUAUAUUUUUAAGGAUGUAUUCUUUUAUUUCUGCUCCGUUUAUCCGAAAGUACGCGGCAUCACGAAGAAGGACGGAAUGGAAAAAGGAAGGAUGAGGAAGGAUGAGGACGAGAGCCGACCGCCGCGAACGAACGGGGACUUACUGAUGAACCUGCACUGGCAUUGAUGCACACAUUACAUGCACACACACCUCACACACACCUUACACACGCACAGUGAAAAGCUUGGAAAGGGUUUCAGGUUUUAAUAACGUUGAAUGAUAAUUUCAAGCUAAUAGAGUUUAAUUCCUCUUUUUACAAAAUGUUACGUAAAUUGUACUUAUUUCUAUACGAAUAAACAGCGUUUAAAGUGUGUUUGUAAA